UCUUCUCGCGAGUUAAACAACAACCUCCCAAGCCGGGAAAAGUAACGCGAGACUUUCCCGGAAGCUUCUCUCUCCGCAGCCGUUCUUCCUUUGUUCUCGCGAGAGGUGGACAGCAGCGCCCCCUCCUUGUUCUAAUGCGGAGAGGAAGGGAGGGGAGAAGCCUUUUCAAAUACACAUACAUUUCAAUAUCGCUACUGAAUAUAUAUCCAUACGUCUUUUUUUCUCCAAAGAAUAAUUUGUGCACAUGGUGUGGAUAUUAAAUUCGCGUAUUUAUCAGGCGUAACACGUACGACUCACCAAAGCGAAAGAAAAACGGCAGGAUAAAUCCUAAAAAGAAGCGAAGCGGCCUGUUUUUGUUCCUGAGGCGCAGCUAACUCACGGAGCUUUGUUACACCCGAGCUGAAAUUACUUCGCCAGCAUGCACGGUGAAUAUCUGGUAGCCUAACCCACUGGAAGAUUUGAUGCACAAAAGCGGCCUGUUUUCUGUAUUUGCAGCGGCGGCGGCGCUAUGAAGAGCGGCGGACAAUAACAGAGUGACGGUGCUUGUGUGCUGCUGCUGCUGCUAUGAUGAUCUGAGGCUGAUCGCGUAUAUGCACGACAAGAAUAAUAAACACCUAUGGAAUAGUGCUGCAAAUAAGGACUGCGUUCAUACAAGACAAGACGAGGAGUUCGUUUGUGCUCUGUUUGAAUUUGGUAGUAAUUGGAGGCCCGGUGGGGUGAAGAGCGCCACCAGUGUGUUGUUGAAUAUAAAAAAAGAAUGCAAGCAAUAGUGCAAAUGCAUCACUGAAUGUGUUUUCAAACGGAUCACCGUGGAUGUGCUUUCAUCCGAUGACGACGAUGAUGGUCUGGCCGUAUUUCGUGCCGUGGAAGAGGGGCAAACGUUAAGAUGGAGUGGUUUUAAUGCAUACGAUGUAAAGACAAGCAUAUCUGCUGAAAUCUCCCUUGCAUUUCACACUCGACGGAUUUUCACGCUCAGGUUCAUCGACAUUGAUGAUACGUGGGCUGCCGGCGGGACUGAAGCCUUGUACUGUCGCUCCUUCUCUUUUUUUUCCUCCCCGAACUGGAUCUCUAGCUCGACACUGCUGAGAUGAACCCGGUGAAUGCGACCACUCUCUACGUGUCAGCUUGUCGGUCGGUGCUGCAGUGCGAUCCCAGGGACCCCCAGGCUUUGGCGGAAAUCUAUAAGCUCUUGCCUUUUUUCAGACAGUCUCUCGCCUGCCUUGUGUGUGGCAAUUUGCUACAAGAUCCAAUCGCCCCUACCAACUCAUCGUGCCAGCACUAUGUCUGUAAAUCAUGUAAAGGUAAAAAGAUGAUGAUGAAACCCUCGUGCAGCUGGUGUAAAGACUAUGAGCAGUUUGAAGAGAAUAAGCAGCUCUGCAUCUUGGUGGACUGCUACAGAAAACUCUGCGAGUACAUCGCAGACUCUCCUCUCGCCCAACACAUUUCAAGUACUGUGGGAGGGUCCCCAGACAUCUUGGCUCUCUUGAAUGAGGGUCUCUCAUUGGACAACAGACUGGGGGAGGAGUCACUCUCCCUGAGCUUGACAAACAAGUCCCCUACACCCUCAACCUCAGAAACGCUUCACAGUGAGGGACAGUCCCCAUCGACAGAAAUCAAGCAGCAAGACCUCAGUCCUCUAGGGGUGAAUGGUCUCCAGGACUGCAAUGGCUUGACCAACGUGGAGGAGUUGACUGCCAGUUUACCUUCACUAGAGGCCAGUGUUCCAGACGCGGAAAGCGGGGGCGAUGCAGUGAAACAAGAGAGUUUCACAAAUGAGAUCCCUGUGUGCGAGGCAGUGGCAGCUGCUGGCGAGGACCUUUGCACCAGCACCAUGGACAUUUGUGGCUUUGGCGAGGAUAUUAAACAUGAUGGCGGGACUCUCCUCUUGAGUGUAGAGGAAGUGCUCAGGACUCUAGAACCAGACCACGUCGCCCAGGAUGAGUGCCCUGCGAUAUUGCAGUCGACUCUCGAACCUUCGGCGAACAUGAAAGGACCAUUUGUAUCGAUCGACUCUGCUCGGCAGCUUUCCUCUCUCCCGCAACACUCGCAGGAGGUUCUUUUGCCCCAGCACCCAAUCUCCCAAAAGAAUCCACAACAUUUGGGAAUAUCCUGUUCCGCGGUGACGCCCAGAAUGCCACGGUCCAACCGGAAGCGGUCGCGGUCGGAAAGCGACAGCGAGAAGAUUCAACCCGUACCCAUUUCCACUUUCGUCUGCGGCCCAACGUUGGGCGCUUCCACCCCCGUUCCAGUCAAGUGCGAACCUAAAUCUCCCACUCAGACUAUCCCUCACAUGGCGGCGGUGCCCAACGGUGGUGGCCUUUCUAAAGUGGGCAAGGCGUUACUGGUGCCUGCGAAAACUGUCAAAAAGACCAUUGACAACCAUGGACCCAAAAAGGCAUACACUAAGUCCAAACAGGGCACUCCAAAGUCGAAGGAAAAGACGAAAGAACGGAUUCUGACUAACACCCUCAUUCCCGGGAGCCCCACGAAAGUGGUGUACAAAAAGGCGCAGGAGAAAAAGGGCUGCAAGUGCGGCAGAGCAACUCAAAACCCAAGUGUUCUUACAUGCCGUGGACAGCGAUGCCCCUGUUACUCCAACCGCAAAGCCUGUCUGGACUGCAUAUGCAGGGGUUGCCAGAACUCCUACAUGGCCAAUGGCGAAAAGAAGCUGGAGGCCUUCGCGGUGCCAGAGAAGGCGCUCGAGCAGACAAGACUCACUCUAGGCAUCAACGUCACCAGCAUCGCAGUGCGGAACGCCACCGGUAGCGGAGCCGGCGGGAUGCUUAACGUCUCCACGGCGGCUGGCUCACCUGUGGCCUCCUUCUUGGCUACGGGGCCACACGAAGACAAAGGAUUCGAUGAACCAUUGGACAUGAGGUUUGACUGAGUACCAGAUGAUUCUCCUUUAACAUCACCCUGUAUUCCAAACCGGCUUGCUUUCAGUGUGAUGGCACUGUACCGAGGGGCUGAUGCCAGCAGAGUCCGCGAUAAGGCAGCUACUGUGAUCCUGUUCCAGUUCACACGAUCAAUUAAACUAGUUAUUGCUGAAGCUUCGUGCCUUUAAAUCAUUUGUACUAUUCGUUUUGGUUUUCUUGCACACCUUUAGGAGGAGAUACUGUAAGUCGAGAGUAUCUUUUGGGAAAGGUCCUCUUUUUUUUUUUUUUUACAUUCAAGUACAAGUGAUCUAUAAGGCAUGGUCUUUGGCAAGAUAUACCUGACCUCAUUGUUGUGGGUCACGCUAUGUGCAUAUGUGGAAGAUUUUCAAUUGUAGGUUAGGGGAUGAGACAUGUUAAAUGAGUGGUACCCUACAGCAUCAGUAGAGACUGGUAUUUAUAAACCGUUUUUGUACACAGACUUAAGGAAUUCGAUUUAAAAAGUACAUUUUAUGAUAUAUUUUGUAAGUUGCAUUAACAACAUUUGCAGUAUUUAUUGGGUAUCACUUAACAUAGAUUACGGUCCACCCAGGGCAUCAGCUGGAUACCAUUUCUACAGAUGCAAUUCACACAGAUGCAGUAUGUACGGUUUUCUGUCUAAAUUAUGUUGUUGUCCUGAUUGUGCUAGUUUUUGCUGUCUCAAACUGUUUUUUUUUUCCUUGGGGCAUUUAAAUACCUGUAAUAUAAAUGUAACAUAUUUCCACAAAAAAAGACAAAUCCUAACAUGACUCUUGUCUUUCAUUUCAAAAAUCGCUUUAUCUUAGAAGUUGCAUUGUUUGUUCGGUUUUUUUUUUUCUGAAGGUGAUUUUAUAAACCUUUUUGACAAGUUUAGAAAGGUUGUUUAAAUGAUUAAUGUAUUAAUUAGUGUGACUGUAUAUCCAGACUUGAAUGCAAAUGGAAUAAGCUAAACACAGCCGCACAGACAUGUGAUGUUAAACAAUGGGUGCUGCAAAUAAUUACAAGAGUGUAUUACAAUUACAACAAGACAUUGCAAUGAAACAUAUGUUGUCCAUAUGUGAGUGCAUAACUUGUAUGGCUGUACAUGAGUGAACUGUACGUGUCCAAUGUGUUUUUUCUUGGCUAAAUCAACCAGAAGUAACAUGAAGGUGGGUAUAGCUUGUGGAGGUGGCUUUUUUUACAGGGCUAACAUAAUUUAUAAGCAUGCGAUUUUAAUGAGGUAUUUCAUUAAUAUUCCAGCUCAGGAUAAAUAUAGCAUAGGUAGGCACUAUUGGGAACGUGGGAAAAUCCAUAUAUAUUGCGUUUGUUUUCAAUUGGAGCAUCUUUGUCUACAGUAACCAUAUAUACUGCACCUAAAACAUCAGAUGUUAAAAAUAUAACUAUUAAUUGGUCAAGUUCCAAAGAACACUAGAUGGUUAGCUGGAGUCAUAAUCCAUAGGGUGCAGUAAUGUUCUGGACUUUUGCCCAGAAUUGUAUUUUCAGCAUUUACCACAAGUGGGCAGAUUACAGACAAAAAUAAUUUGCUAUUUUGCUAUGCACCUCAGCAAUUU